GCUGCAACUUCCAUACGGACUCCGGAGAGGCGAAGGUCGAGAGCCAUGCGUUACCCCGAAACACACACAACCCUGCCCAGCCGCACUGCUGCUUUAUUCGGGGACUUUCCAAGACCACUAUGAGCCCGGUGACGUCGCGACCGGCUAAAAGGACCUGGGGAGAGGUGGCGCGAGUGAGUGCGUAGGCGGGUGUGUUGCAGAAGGAGAAGAACGAUAACGAGUAGAGAAGAGCCGAAUUCAGAAGGUGUUCUGGGUCAGAACUGUUUCAACGUGACUUACAUCCAUCAGAAUAUCUGUGCCUUGAAGGAGUCAACAGUGGAACUGCCCUGCACAUAUCAACAUCCAAGUUAUCAUGUAGUCUCAGAACCAAACUGGUAUAUCCAAGAGAAAUAUAAUGAAGCGCCUAAAAUCCUGAGCUCGGUGCCAGAGUAUGCAGGUCGUGCUGAGUACCUUGGGACUAAAGAGAAAGACUGCACCCUGAGAAUCACAGACCUGAGAGAGAGUGACUCAGCUGAGUACUGGUUCACAUUCAAGACUCGGACGCAACUCGAUUGGUAUAAUUUCCUUCAAAGAGAGGAGCGUGUCAGGCUGUCUGUCACAGGCCUGCAGGUGAAGGCGUCUUCUGCCAUGGUGACAGAAGGAAAGGCGGUGAUACUGACCUGUAGAACCACCUGUACUCUGACUGACAACCCCAACCCCACCUACAUCUGGUACAAGAACGGACAACUCGUGAACACCCAAGAUAACUACCUGUUCCUAGACCCAGUCAGCAGAGAGGAUGCAGGCAGCUACUCCUGUAUUGCAAAAGGAUAUGAGAAUCUCCACUCUGCUGACGAGACUCUCACUGUCAUUUAUGCCCCCAAAAACACCUCAGUGUCAGUCAGUCCCUCUGGUGGAAUAGUGGAGGGCAGUUCAGUGACUCUGACCUGCAGCAGUGAUGCCAACCCACCUGUGGACAAAUACACCUGGUACAAGAAGAAUGUAACCUCACCAAAAGCAUCAGGACAGAGUUACAGCAUCACUAACAUCAUCUCUGAGGACAGAGGAGAUUACUACUGUGAGGCUGUGAAUGAAGUUGGUGCCCAGAAUUCUACAUCUCAAUUGAUAAUUAUAGGAAAGAAACAUCCGUGA